CGGCCGCUCCCCUUCCCGCUGCCUUCCCGGUGCUGGCAGGGGAAGGCUGGCAGAGGGACGGAAAGAGGAGGAGGAGGAGGAGGAAUAAUGAAGCUGACCCGGCACUUUGUUCUGAGAUUAUUUGGAUUCCUGUUGACAUCCUUGGCUGCUUGGUAUUUGGGAUACUUUGUUGCUGCUCAUAUACCCCAAAAUACAGUAUCUAUUGCUGCACUUCAAGAGAUUGGAAAGAAACCAGUGUUGAGGGCCCCAGCCCCCAAAAGGCAGAAGUGUGACCUCUGGUCUCCCUGCCCACCUGGGAACUUCGCCUAUCGCAUCCUCAGUGGCGGUGGCAAACAGAGGAGGCCUACAAUUUGUUUUGAGGACGAGGAGAUUAUAAGUGCAGGGAAUCAUGAGGCUGGAAGUGGUAUAAACAUUGCCAUUGUGAAUUAUAAAACAGGAAAAUUCAUGUCGACAAAUUUUUUUGAAAUGUGGGCAGGAGACCACUCCAGGGAGAUGAUGGAUUUCAUCAGGAAAGCACCAGAAGGGACCCUCCUUCUGAUGGCCACUCACGAUGAUGGGAGCACCAGGUUGAAAGAUGACACCAAAAAAUUAGUAGAAGAACUGGGAAGUAAAGAAAUAAAGAAUAUAAAGUUCAGAUCAAGUUGGGUUUUUAUAGCUGCCAAAGGCUUCAAGCUGCCAGAUAAUAUCCAAAAAGAAAAGAUAAACCACUCUGACCAGACAAAGAACAGAUACAAAGGCUGGCCAGCUGAAAUCCAAAUAGAAGGCUGUAUCCCAAGAAACCUGAUCUGAACAAAUGCAUACCUCAUUAAUAAAGACAAUUCUAUAUUUUUA